UCAUCGCUGCUAGAAUCGAAGCAGGCUGGAAGCAUCGUAGCAUUUUGUAGGAACUAGGGACUAGUCAACGCGGUCCGCACACACGAUGGUCUGGUACUGUUAGUCGUAGUUGCGAAGAGUCGCGGAAGUGCUGCAGAGCGAAGACUUGCUGCAGAGUAUAGGGUCGACUGGCGAAGUAUGUAAAACCUUGUUCUGCAGUCAUUAGCUUAGUGCUUCGAAAACAGCCCUUGGUGGACUUUGGGUCAGCGAAUUAUUCAACCUGGAUCUAUUAGCUGCGCAGUCGAUUCAUCGAGAGAUUGCAGAGGUACGGUGGCGCUGCAGUGACGGAAGCGGAUUCGAUCGGUGGGAUUGUGCACAGUUCGACGUGGCUUAGUUCGGACGCUCUAAUAUUCCGCCGAUUGAGUUUGAAACGUGGAGGGCACGUUCUGGAGCUAGUUCCCUCUAUUCCUCGCAGUGAAGGCCGUUGUUUGCAUUGUCACCGUUAAACAUAUUUGAGAGAAGGUGAAUUUUUUGACGAAGCAUAGGGUGGAAAGAUAGUUUCAUGCUUUAUUCGCUGUCACAAUGAAUGGUCAUAGGGCGGACCCGGAGGCCGGCACGCAAGCGGAGGAGCCGCUUAGAGUCACUGCUAAGAAAACUCAAGCCAAUGCGCUGUUCCGCAAAAAUCUAACGUUCCAGAAACGAAAUUGGAGAACGAAUUGCUGUUUGGUGCUUUUCCCAGCACUCCUGUGCAUUCUUCUUGUCAUCAUCCAAGUCGCUGUCAAUGGUGUUUUUAAUGGCAGCGACUUCAAGUGCGGCUGCAAAUGUGUGCCCGACCCUAACGGCGGCCCGUGCAUUCAACGAUGCGGACUCGAAUACUCCAACAAUGAUCAAGCUGUUUGGUGUGGGAUGGCGAAUCCAACCCCAUGGCCUGCUCUUUUGCAGAUUCCCGAGCCACAGUAUCGUGCCACCCGAAACCAAUCCCCUGACUUGACGCAGGACCCUUCUUGUCGCGUGGCUGGAACUUGCGCAGUUACAAUUCCUUACACUGGGACCAACAGAACCACCGCUGAUAUUAUGGCGGGCUUGCUAUUAGGCAUCGGCGCCACGAACGCUAGUUCAUUGUCUUCGACUUCUGUGGACAACUUGUUGUACUCUUUAUCCAAAGUUGUACUUGGUGGAGAUACCAUUCUACAGAGUAGUCUUCUGAUCGAGACCGCAUUUACCUCGUCGAGGCCAAUCUCUGUCCUCCGGCCCAGUUGUGCAGGCGCGCUGGGUGACACAGCGAAUUUCACUGUUGAUGUGGGCGAAGGAUAUGUACUCAGCCCAGAUCUUGCAUGCUUGGAAACAAAACCAUUGUGGCGUGACAAUGUGUCCGUGGUGAACGAUUUGCUCUACAAAGGCUACCGAAGGGGAAAUCCUGCAGAAGAGAUAGGCGAAUAUCCUGCCGCUUUUGACUUCAGAAACACGAACCCGGCAUCGUUUGAUGUUAAUGUUAUAUACAAUGACACCUACGCCAAUAGGACAACUGAUCAGCCGUCGUUUGUCAUUCGUGUUUCUCGCUCACUCAACAUGGCUGCGCAAGCAUUCCUACGCUACAAGCAGGGGGGAGCCGCGGAGCUGCCAUUACUUUUCGUUAAGGAGUUCCCAAAGCCAAACUCGCAAUUGCGCCUCGACUUCUCGUCCCUUCUUGGGCCCCUCUUCUACAUGUGGGUGCUGGGCUUGCUGUUUCCUGUGGUAUUGACCGCGCUAGUGUAUGAGAAGGAGCACCAUCUCCGGAUGAUGAUGAAAAUGCACGGCCUCGGCGACAGCGCCUACUGGACGAUCACCUACGUUUACUAUCUCGUUCUCUUCUGUAUUUACAUGAUCUGCUUCAUCAUCUUCGGCUCCCUUGUUCGACUAAAUUUCUUCACUAAGAAUGAUUACGGUAUACAAGCUUUAUUUUACUUUCUGUAUGUCAACAUGAUCAUUUCGUUGAGCUUCUUGGUAUCCACUGCCUUUCGGAGCGUAAAAACUGCCACAGUGUUCGGGUAUAUCUACGUCUUUGGGUCUGGACUGCUCGGUGCCUUCCUUUACGAGAAUUUUAUUGUAGACUUGAACACUAGCAGAACGGUCGUCACCGUAUUGCAGUGCAUUCCUCCAUUUACAACGUACCACGGCCUCUACGAGUUUUCACAGUACGCCUUCGGCGCUGUUUAUGCAGACAUAAAGGGCAUGCAGUGGAGCGAUCUCAAGGAUAAUAAAAAUAAAUUGCAGACAUCAUUGAUUAUCUUGGCUGUUGAGGCGAUUGUAUUCAUGCUACUAGCCCUGUACUUGGACCAAGUUGUAUCAUCCGACAAUGGAAUCAACAAGCAUCCUCUCUUCUUCCUAAAUUUCAAACGCAAGGGGGCGAAACCUGAGGCUGCCCUUACAACUGCCCGUUCUCGCAGAUUCUCUGGCAGUUCAAGAGCUAUGGCGUAUAUGAACGCCGAAGAUGCCAAGGCCAUCGAUCGACCAGAUGUUGCCCGGGAGAGAGAACAAGUAGAGGAGCUGGCUGCUCAUCCCAGCAAGGAGUAUCCAAUAGUGUGUGAUAAUCUGAAGAGGGUAUAUCCUGCUAGGGACGGUAACCCGCCCAAAUAUGCCGUGCGAGGGUUUUCAUUGGCGGUGCCCAAGGGUGAGUGCUUCGGCAUCCUUGGCCCAAAUGGCGCAGGCAAGACGAGCUCCAUCAAUAUGAUGAUCGGAUUUUUGAAGCCAUCGUCUGGCACCGCCUACAUACAAGGGAUGGACAUUCUCACAGAUAUGGACCGUAUCUACUCGUGCAUGGGUGUUUGCCCCCAGCAUGAUUUGCUUUGGGGACAGCUGACUGGCCGUGAACACCUCCUAUUCUAUGGUCGCUUGAAGAACUUGAAAGGAGCAGAUCUCAACAGUGCUGUGGAAUCAUCCUUGCGAAGUGUAAACCUUUGGGAUAACGGAGUGGCUGACAAGCAGUGUCGAACGUACUCGGGUGGAAUGAAGCGGAGGCUGAGUGUUGCCGUUUCUCUCAUUGGGAAGCCACAAGUAGUGUACAUGGACGAGCCCAGCACUGGCCUAGACCCAGCAUCCCGAUACAACCUCUGGAACGUGGUGAAGCAAUCCAAGAAAGACCGUGCAAUCAUUCUCACAACUCAUUCUAUGGAGGAGGCCGAAGCUUUGUGUGACCGUCUGGGGAUAUUUGUGAACGGCGAGUUGCAAUGCAUCGGCAAUGCAAAAGAGCUCACGGCCAGGUAUGGCGGCCUCUACGUGCUCACAAUUACAACACCCCCAAGUGAGGAGUUAGAGGUGAUUGAGCUGGUCAAGUCUCUCACGCCCAACGCGAAGAAAAUCUAUGGCCUUUCAGGGACCCAGAAGUUUGAGCUGCCGAAAACAGAAGUGAGUGUGGGUACAGUGUUCAGUGUGAUAGAGCAAGCGAAGGACCGGUUGCAUGUGGAAGCGUGGGGGCUUUCUGAUACCACUCUGGAGGAUGUGUUCAUCAAAGUAGCUCGGAGUGUGGAGGGUGGUGCGGCGUUGCAGUGAUGAGAGCUCACUCUUGUGCCUCACAUUACAUUGUUUUCUUUUUUAUCUGUUUUGGUUCCCACGAUGAGCAGUACCAAAUGCAAGAUCGAAAAAGCACCCUUCGCUUUAUGCAACAAUGUCCGACUUGCCUCUCUUCCCUAGAGAUAGUGUUCAUGUUUUGUUUGUAAAAUAGAAAUGAUCAAUUUUUUCUCUAUAUGGGAAUAAAAUUUUGUGGCCAACUGUUAGAAUGAACCAUGCUAUUAUUUUUUUAAAUAUAUGCAUAUGUAAGAAUUUUACUUAUUUAAA